AUGCCUAUAGCUGCCUUCACGUUCGGCUCUUUUGGUGAUAUCCUUGCGCUCGUCGACCUCGCAAUUCAAGUUCACGCCGCUCUCAGUUCUAGCGCCGGUGCCUCGGAGGACUAUCAAGCGCUCGUCUCCGAGCUUCACUCGUUCUCCCAGCUCCUGCAGAAUGUGCAGACUAUUCAUACACUGACACUCCACGGCCUUAAUAGAGACCCACCAACUGUCUCCUUGCAGAAUGCCAUCCGAUUCGCUUUAGAACGCUCAAAGGUACUACUGGACACGAUUUGUGCAAAGAUCGCGGGAUAUCAGAAGAGUCUGAGGCGAGGCGGGUCAGGAAAUAUGAUGAAGGAUUCAUGGCGAAAGAUUGGAUGGGCUAUAUUUAAGAAGGAUGAGAUUCAGGAGAUGAGGAGGCAACUGGGUGGUUGCACACAGAGCAUAACGGCGCAUCUGUCGGUAUCGCAGUCAUACACUCUCGCUGGACUCGAGCAGAUUUCCCGUGAAAAUGGAGUCACGUUGGCGAAACUUCUUCUUCGUAUGGAGUCGCUGCCCAAAGUCCUUGGAUAUCCAUGGGAAGGCGGGACUAAUGGUGACAACCGAGCCAUCAUAUUAUUUGACAUGCUCGGCCAGAAUGUUACCAUCCCAUACCAAUUCUGUAUAACGCAGGAGGAUUUCGAUGGCCUUCUGAAACUUUACUUCAGACAUCAGGUUGGAAGGGCAUUCGUCGACCGAGGAGACUACGACCUUACAAGUACUGGCACCGAAUCCUUCGUAACCCCGAUCGACUCGAAACAAUGGAACGUAAGUGUGAAGCCGGGGCGUUCGUUGUAUAUGAACGCUAUCCUCCGCCGUUCACUGAAGAAUAAUGGCCCUCGAAAAUGUCCUAGCUGUCAACAGAGUGUACACAGCGCGGCCAUAGUCGAACCAGACAUCAGUGUCCAGUGUACUCGAUGUCACACCUGGUUUACAGUCACUGAAAGCCAAUCUAAAGAGGCUCCACAUCAUACGAGAACAGAAUUUCCGGGAUCUUUUGGGGAAAUCCCUCAUCAUUCACCCACACGAUCAUUGGGCUCCCCGAACACCGCAAGAGAGUGUGAUAGAGACCUAUCUUUCCUCCGACGAGUUCGAAUCCUAGAGCCGCCUCCCACUCGGCCCGCUUCCAACCAUGGUACUAUUGAUGCCACGCAGUCUGAAGGGGCUAUCGCUUGCCUUUGCGGUGAUACCAAUCGAGUUGGGCUUACGAUAGAAUGCGCGACCUGCCCACGAUGGUAUCACGCCGCUUGUAUCGAUGUACAGAUCAACGUCCAAACGACCCUCAAUACUGCCAGUUGGCGUUGUUGGGUUUGCGCAACCGGAACCCGAAUGGACGUGUUGUGGUCUGCUCGUACCACAGGCGAGGAAAGCGACGACGACAAUGCUUCGAAGAAUUCGACGAAAGAAGUGACAGUCGACGUUGCAGGCGGUACUCUGCUGAUAGAUUUAUCGCACGAAAACGAAAUACAGCCAGGACAAUUCGCUUAUACGACGUCGACCUCUCACGAUGGUAAAACCGUCUAUCAUCGAUUCAAAGCCGUGCCAGCCUCCUAUCAGACUCCGAAUGGUAUGAUCGUGCAUGGUAUACAGUGGAUACCUAUUGAAGUGACUAGCAUGGUACCCCUGGGUAUUUUAGACGCUAAUAGUGGUGAGGUUACGAGGAUUUUUGAAACUUCGAUUAGGAAGCACACUUUAGACACAGGGCAAGCCGACAGGGUGGCGAGGACUCUCGAGAAGUACAAUCCGUCAAAGUCUCUGAGCCGGCUUGCCCUUAAAGUCAUGCCAUGGCUGAGGCCGUUCGUUGGACUCGCGGACUGGCCGCCUCAGACGUACGACGCUCAUCACGAGCUGUCUACUCCUGAGGAUGGUGUAAUCGAUAGGAGGCCUGGUAUGGCUGAUGCGCACGGCGUCCUCAUUGAUGGACCCUGUGAGGGUGGGUAUGUCAGUAUCGAUUUCCACACGAUGCUUAUGACUCCCACACAAGCAGCUCCAGGCUUUUACAAAACCGUCGUCGACUUUGGACGUUCAAACCGCGGCAAGACGUGGAAUCUGUUGACCGCCAUCCGCAAGUCUGCGACGCCCACACACGAUAUCCGUCCCGGGAUCCUCAUACUCGCUAGGAAAGACUACCGGUUCUCGAUUCCAGAGGGCUACCAUCCCCAAAAUCGUGCUUGGGCAGAUGGCUGCGAAUCGUCCCUCCUGGUUAAGAUCAAGGACUAUGAGAUCCCAGACAACGGAAAGCUGGAGUUUCGGGAUGCGUUUCAAGAUUCUCAGACUUCCCGAAGCAGGCCUAGCCGCAGCUUUGAAAUCUUGACAUGCAAUGGCGAUGGCAUCUACCCCGUCCAAAUCAUCAAAAACGACAAGGGAAAGAUCACUUGCGUCAAAGUUCGCUUCCACUCUCGAGACAUGCAGCUCCCUCCCGAACCCGAGUUCCAAUCUGACCAAACGACAAACGAUACUUGGGACGACACGUUCUUCGCGCUCGCGAAGAAAGUCGUGGCACUGGAUGCUGUAGCUCGUGCUCUUGGGGUUCGAGCGAGCGUUUCUGCAACUAAUAUUGGGAGUGGAGGACUUGGGCGAAGGACCGCGAGCUUGCUAGGCGGUGGUCGUGACGGGGCAAGAGCGACUGGAGUUCCCAUAGACGGGAUCACUCCAGAGAUGCUGAGGGCAUUUCAAGCUCUGGGAGGGUUGAAUUGA